UGACAUUUCGUGUGCAUGACAUUUGCAAGCAAGAAGGUGCAGUGCAUUUGUGUGGAGUUUGUUGUUAAUGUUGGAAUAGUGCGUGAUUCAUUUGCUCCAAUGGCGGCUACACUUAAACCAUAUUUAACAGCCGUUCGGCAUUCGCUUGCAGCUGCGAUGUGUUUACAAGAUUUUCCCUCACAGGUAGUGGAGCGUCACAACAAACCGGAGGUUGAAGUCUGUUCCAGCAAAGAACUGGUACUUACACCUAUUAUUGUAUCCCGAAAUGAACGUGAACGUGUACUUAUCGAACCAUCCAUCAAUUCGGUACGUGUUAGUAUCUCUGUUAAACAAGCCGACGAGAUUGAAAAAAUUCUUUGCCAUAAGUUCACACGUUUUAUGAUGAGACGAGCUGAAUCCUUCAUAAUACUACGUAGAAAACCAAUUGAUGGCUAUGAUAUAAGCUUCCUUAUUACCAACUUUCAUACAGAACAAAUGUACAAACAUAAAUUAGUGGACUUUGUUAUAAGUUUCAUGGAAGAGAUUGACAAGGAGAUCAGUGAAAUGAAAUUGGCAGUGAACGCAAGGGCACGUACCUGCGCAGAAGAAUUCCUUAAGCGAUUUUAGACAUGAUCAUUUCUUGCAAAAAUAUAUUUAUAUUAUUAGUAAACCAUGUAAUUAUCGAAUUGUUUUCAAUUUCAAUUUAAUGGACCUAUUUCGGCCCC